AUUGGAAAGACGUUCACGGUGUUGCAGUUCUUUGUACCGUUACGUGGUCUUACCCAGCAAGAGAGGCACCCAUUUUCAUUAUACACUGGCCAGCUUGUGGUGGAUACAGAUGCAUUAUAUGGCUGGUUUUUUGCUACUAUCUUUUCACUGCAUCUCUUCAUUUGGGGCAACACUGUAUCAUGACUUCCACACAGUUUACCAUUACCCUAGAGCAAUUCCUUCAGUUUCAUGCAAUUGACAGGGAGCUGUACAAAAUUCUUGUAAGUGAUGUUUGGCGUGACCCUUUAGAGUCAAUGCAGAUUAUGGCCUUUUGGCUUUCGUUGGAGCGAAUGGGCUCUAAAAAUGUCAUAAAGAAAAUAUUGUCCCUGCCCCAUAUUUUGAUAAAUGAACUUGCAGAUGAAGCAGGUACAUGCCUCAACUGCAUUAACAAUGACCAAUUUCUGUUCUCAUCCGAACCCUGUGAUAUUCCUUUGACUCAAUGCGUGACGGAAAAUGAGGUGUGUCUUCAAUUUUUCCAUGAAAAUCGAGUCGCUAUAAAUCGUGGGGUCAACAAGGUCUUAACUCAGGUUUGUUAUAGGGCUUUAACUGACAUUAUGCAGAAAGCCAUUCAGAGAAAUGCCGCCCUAAGCUUAGCAGAAAGUCAGAUGCCUAUUUCAAGUCCUCCUUGUCAUCAGUCUUUUGUGCAACCAGGCAUUUCUCACUCGGUAGUUGGAGGAAGUAGUGGUUCGUUCCAGGGGUGGACCCAAGCAAAUGUGGUGCCACAAGAUGACAGGACCAUGUUUGUCACAUUCUCUAAGGGCUACCCUGUUUCUGAAUGGGAAGUCAGGGAGUUCUUCACCCUGGCUUAUGGGGAUUGCAUUGAGUCCGUGCUUAUGCAGGAUGUUCCGGCUAAUGAGCAGGCGCUGUUUGCUCGGAUUGUGUUCCACAUGCCGUCAACCAUUGAAAUCGUUCUGAAUGGUCUGGACAAAGCUAAGUUUACCAUCAAUGGGAAGCAUGUGUGGGUGCGCAAGUAUGUCCCAAAACGUCCAAGAUCAGCAGCACUGUCACCGAUGUUUCCGCAGAAUCUGCCAGGCACCGUGUAGUCCAUUGUCCUGUAUUGCAUGCGUGUAUAACUCCUGUCUGUUUUGUAAAAGUAGCUAGUCUUGUGUGCAUGAGAGUUGCUUGUUGGACUUUGUUUAGUAAAUCAAAGUGGAAUUAUGGUAAUCAUGUAAUACUUAUCCAAUGGAACUCAGUGGAACUUUUGUUGAAUGUCCUGGAACUUACAUUGCCAACCAACUUUUGUCUUUUGUCU